CAUCGCCAAAGAAUACGCAGUUAAUUAGGGGUUACGCUGCUUUGUUCAUUCACUACAUGGGCUUGCAAUACAAUAAUAUAAAAUAUUAGCACUGUAUAUUUUGCCGUCGUGUAUAGCUGUCUUGUCCUUCCUCAGAACAUGCACCUCAGUAUCCUACUGAGUGCCCUUCUCAGCAUCCAUGUCUCUUUGGCUUUCUCUUUGUCCAGUAUCGUUGUGGUUGUUUUUCAAUUCACGAUGGAAUGAAGACUUCCAGAUAGUGUGUUCUGGACGAGAGUUCCGCCUGCCGGUCUACUCAGGGUCAAGGAUCGUGACCUUUACCCCCAGCUACCCUCCAGGACCUAGAAGAGUGCUACUGGAGAACAACAAUUUGAAGGACCCGCGGUUUGAGUGGACCAAAGAUAGGACAUUGCUGUUGAAGGACGUCACAAACAGUGACCAGGGGCUCUACUCUAUCAAGCUGUCAUCUGGAUUCACUGAUGAGACCGUUCGCCUCACUGUCUCAGAAUGUAUAAAAACCUUCCGACGGGGCUAUGGGGAGACCUUUCAGCACAACAUCCCUAAAGAUGGCUCCCUGCUGGAGUUCUCUCCCCGGCGCUCCCCCCCUGAUUCCCAGCCGGUGGUACUGUGGAACCGGACGGACCUUGAGACCAGUGAGGCGGGCCGGGGGAGGCUGGGGUCGGAUGGGAGGGUCUGGGUGGCAGAAAGGGUGACCCAGGCAGACCAGGGAAACUACACCAUCAGAGACGAGAAUGGGAAAGUAAUCUCCCGCAGCAAACUCACUGUCAAUGGGCACACCUUCAAUGUCACCCGCUUCUUCAAGGAGUCUCUAAACCUUCCCCUGUUUCUCCCUGUCCCUCAUGUCCACCUCAUUUUUACCCCCUCCCUGCACCCGUCCAACCCCUCCAAUGUUCCCCUUGACUCCCGGUACUCCCGCCCCGUGCAGCUGAUCAGGGACGGGCAGAUCGUGGACCAGGACCCCCGGUAUCGGGGCCUCAUCUCUCUGUGGAGAAACAGGACUGUCAACGAGGUGGUCAUCACCAGGCUGAGUGCAAAGCAUGAUGGGAUGUAUGAGAUUCGAGAUCAGGACGGAAACCUGGUGUCGUCUACCGUUCUCCAUGUGGUCGAUAAGACUGCUAGAUGGAGAGCGGUCCUCAAGUCUAUCAGCGUCCCUUCUGGCAUGUUUGUGACUUUGGCUGGUUUCAUCCUAUUUAUGAAGCGCUACCCUAACUGCAGCCUCACUAUGAUCAUCAACGGCCUAAGAGGUCACCACACACCCGCAGCUAACCCGCCAAGAGUCAAUGUCCAGGACUACAGUCCGCCCAGCCCCCAGCCCUGUGGUUUUUACGGUCAUUCACGGCAGAUUGCAACGCCAAAAAUAUGGAGCCCCAGACCUACACAUUCGGGUUACACUCCUGUUGUGGACAGUGCACCACUUGUAGUGAACAGUGCACCACAGCCCUCCCCUGAGCCAGUGAGGACUGGGAGUAAACAGGAGACAGACAGACUUAGAGUUGAGACUGCCACUACUCACACUCCGAGUAGAGAGGAGACUGCUGGCAGCGAGAGGGAGAUCUCCUUUUCUGUCGCUGGCGCCUCCGACUGCCUCCACACAUCUGAAGACUGCUUUCAGUUCCAGAUCAAGAAAGAGGGAGUCGAGAGAUGGAGCAAUGCAGAAGACUACUUCUCCACACUUCCACUGGACACGGAUACCUCGGAAACUUGCAGCGUCUACAUUUCUGACAAACUCAACUUCCUAUAGAGCACAGAGAAGAGGAGUGAAUGGAGGUAAAGAGAGGGAGGAGAUAAAAUAGUGGAGGGAGAUAUAUACAGUGGGGGAAAAAAGUAUUUA